CGUAACAUGGGCUGUUUUUUCGAAACAGCCAAACAACAAAGUAAAUGUAGCUCCAACGAGAAACAACAAAUGCCAAGCAUUAAAGUAAGGCGUAUUCAGAGGGACAACUGCAGCAAUAGCCAAACUAGCAGCUUGAAAGAUAUCAACACAAAGGAUAACAAUCAAGUAUUUAGUAAACCGAGUCCAGUAAAACACAAGUUAGCAAAUACGAUUGAUUACACAAAUAAACGCGAACGCGAACAGGCAGCAGACCCACUAAAAACUCAUCAAAAGCACAACUCCACAGCACUUACAGUCGAGACAGAGGAAAAGGAAGAGGAAGAGUUACAGACUCACACGACCGAACAUAGUUUCAAAUUUAAUAAUAAUAUUGACGAUUUGCAAAUAUCUUGCGCAAUUUGUUAUCCACUUGCCUGCCAUAAAAGCAAUUAUUGUUACAACAGUAUUGCAGAGAUCAAUACCAGAAGCAAUAGUUGCCGCCAACUUCAGAACCUGCAACGUACAACGAAACAACAUGAACAACACCAAUAUGCACGCACAUAUUGCCAAAAUGCAACUGCCGCCGCACGAAAUAUGGCCACCACCUUGGAGACGGUAUGCGCUGGUGCCGACGGUAAUAUACAAGAAAUUUUUGUGCAUGCAAGGGACAUCCUAGCGAAUAGCCUAAGCAAUGUCAGCAACAGUUUAGUAGAGAACAUAAGUUAUUAUGCGCCAAUUAAUGGCAUCGAGUCAUUUAGUCGUUUCAAAACUCAUCGUCAUUGUCGCUGCCGAGCUCAAAACCAUACAAACUGCUACGAACUGGAGAACACGCGACAACAAAUUUACCACCAACAUCAUUUGCAACAGCUGCAACAGAAUUCGAAUACGGGAACAAGAACGGAUGCAGAUACGAAUACGAAUACGGAUACGGAUACGGAUACGGAUAUGGAAAAGAAAACAGAACAAGAGAAACGUGUUGUUGACUCAACCAACUCUUCGACCAGCUAUAACUGCAACGCCUCUACCGCUGCCUACAACUACAUCGGCCAUACUUAUUACAACUUGCUGCGCAACUCCAUUAGUUUUUAUGCCGCUUCAAGUGUCAUACUCGUCCUCUGCUACUUAACCACCACAACUUCGGCCGCUGCUGCCAAUUCAGACGGUGGCACAACACCAAUCGAUAAGCAUCCCAUUCAAGGCAUCGAUUGGUCAAAAUUCGAUGAAUCUAGUUCAGAUAAGGAAAUUUUAGAUUUGCUCUUGGAGAAGAAACGCUACGACAAAAGACUACUGCCGCCUGUAAAUGAUGAAGACUUUUGCUGUGGAAUGUCUUCACCGGAUAUGGCCAAAAAUCAAAAUGCCAGGAGACCACACAACCGCGGUACAUUGACUGUGAAUGUAAAUGUGCUGCUGCUAAGUUUGGCUUCACCUGACGAAAGCAGCUUGAAAUACGAAGUUGAGUUUCUGCUCAAUCAACAGUGGAACGAUCCUCGUUUGGAAUACGGAAAUAAAUCUCACUAUCCUUUUUUGAAUGCAUUACAUCAUCACGACAGCAUCUGGACGCCGGACACUUAUUUCAUUAUGCAUGGCGACUUUAAGGAUCCUAUUAUACCAAUGCAUUUCGCUUUAAGAAUUUACCGGAACGGGACCAUUUGGUACGCAAUGAGACGACAUUUGAUAUUAUCUUGCCAAGGAAGUUUACAUAUUUUUCCUUUUGAUGACCCGAAAUGCUCUUUUUCAAUGGAAAGCAUUUCUUAUGAGGAAGCUCAAAUAAAGUAUGUUUGGAAAAACGAUGAGGACACACUACGUAAAAGUCCGUCAUUAACAACACUGAACGCUUAUUUGAUCAAAAAUCAAACAACCCCUUGUGAUCAAAAUAGUUGGAGAGGUAAUUACAGUUGCCUAGAAGUUGAGUUGACUUUUACCAGGGAUCGUGCAUAUUAUUUCACCACUGUAUUCAUACCUGGCAUAAUAUUGGUGACAUCAUCUUUUAUAACAUUUUGGCUGGAGUGGAACGCUGUACCAGCCAGAGUUAUGAUCGGCGUAACAACAAUGCUGAAUUUUUUCACAACAUCAAAUGGUUUCCGCAGCACCCUGCCUGUCGUCUCGAAUCUGACAGCAAUGAACGUUUGGGAUGGCGUCUGCAUGUGCUUCAUAUACGCUUCCCUACUGGAGUUUGUCUGCGUCAAUUACGUGGGUCGAAAACGACCCCUACACAACGUAGUUUAUCGCCCAGGCGAGAACCCCGUUACACAGCGUCUUCCAGCAGUACUAAGCAGGAUCGGAGUAAUUCUUGCAAGUCCUUUGGAAAUAAUCGAACGAGAAUUUCAUGCUGCUUUAUCGUCCGAAAAGACAGCAGCUGGCUUUUCUAGUGUGGAUGGACAUCAUGCACAAGCAACUUCAACAAAACCUCCUUCAACGGAUGCACCGCACGUACACUGGCAACCUCAACAGAGUGGGUUUUUCAGUUCUGCAGUACAAAAUAUACGUGCACGUUCAGUUAGACGUAGACAAAACGGGGACUUGGGUGAAAGCAUUGAUCAACCGUACAGGCAACAGCAUACACAAGUAACAACAGAUCCCGUUUAUACUGAGCCUGUAUUUAUCAAUACACCAGCGGAGAGCAGCAUUACCGUUCCACCAGUUACAGCUGUCACAUCUGUUAGUAUUGAGGAUGAUUCAAAUGUAUCAUCUCAACCGAUCUUAACUGAACCCCCAAGUCUACGUCAAUCACGCUCAAUGUCCACCAACACACCACCACUUAUUCUACGUGGCGAAAAUAUUCGAGUCGAUAUACAUGAUACACCUACGAAUCAACAGCAAAAUAUGUCGACCACUGAUAUGGCCGAACAGCUACAACCAUUAAAACCACCUAGAAGAAAGAGCUCACGUUCAACUUCACCGUCGCGUGGAUUCGAUACGAUCGAACAAUGUCUUGGAGCAUCCGGCGUAAACGGUAAUAAUGGCGGAGAUGCUGAAGAUGGUGAGAAAAAGCGAGACACCAGCGGUCCUAAUGAAAUCGUGGCUUGUACAACUUGCGGUGGCAGUAGCAGUCCCUGUACCCACUCCGCAAACAACGGCUGCGCUACAGAGACUUGCUUCGUACAAGUGCGCAAAAAGGAACCGCCUCACCCAAUUCGAGUAGCGAAAACGAUCGAUGUCAUCGCAAGAAUUACAUUUCCAACUGCUUACGCGAUUUUCCUGAUUUUCUUCUUUGUGCACUACAAAGGAUUUUCAUAAAACUCUUGCUGAAAACCAUGCAAUUAGAUAUAUUGAAACAAUUUAGAUACAACACAACACAAGUAAAAAUUUAAAAUUAAAUACAGCAACACAUACACACACAA